AAGAGCGCCAAAUCUCGCGAUGGUUGGAUGAAUCUCGCGAGAGCUGUGGUGCUGCCGGUGAGCGUGUGGUGCUGUGGGGGUACGCCGGUGUGAGGGGACCGCUGCCCGCGAUCCGCUCCCUCCUCCCCGCGCCUCCGCCGGCUCUUAUGGGGUUUUAGGGGAGCUCUCGUACGUCUCAGCACCGUGUCGGAGGGCAGUAGCCGAGCCCAGAGGUAUUUGGGGGGGUUUUGGGCCCCCUCCCGGCGCCAUUUUGUUGGCCCUGUUUGCACCUCCCGCUCUGGCCCCGCACGGUGGGUGAGUACCGAGCCUGUCCUUCCCCACACGCAUCCGCAGGCAGCCAGACCGAAAAUGGGGAAGGCAUCUAAGCGGAAGCGAAAGGUCUCGGCGCCAUCCACAGCCAAGGGCCCUGUGAAGUCAGCUAUGGCCGUGGUCAAGAGUAACCCCUUUGAGGUGAAAGUCAACAGGCAGAAGUUUAACAUCUUGGGGAGAAAGACGAAGAAUGAUGUGGGGCUGCCUGGUGUCUCACGGUCCAAGGCCAUCAAGAAGCGUACCCAAACAUUACUGAAAGAAUAUAAAGAAAGGGAAAAGACAAAUGUGUUUCAAGAUAAACGUUUUGGUGAAUAUAACACCAAAAUAAGUCCAGAGGAGAAGAUGAUCAGACGGUUCACUUUGGAAAGACAGCAAAAUUACGGAAAGAAGAGUAUCUAUAAUCUUAAUGAAGAUGAGGAACUGACUCAUUAUGGCCAGUCUUUGGCAGAAAUUGAAAAACUAAAUGAUAUUGUUGAUAGUGACAGUGACACAGAAGAAAGAGGAACACUGUCAGCUGAGUUAACUGCUGCUCACUUUGGAGGGGGUGGAGGCCUCCUUCGUAAAAAGGCACCAAGUGGGCAGCAAGAUAAAGAGGAGGAGAAACCUAAAUCUAGGAAGGAACUCAUAGAAGAGAUGAUAGCCAAGUCUAAACAAGAAAAGCAAGAGAGACAAACUCGGAGAGAAAGUGCAUUAGAACUCACAGAAAAGCUUGACAAAGACUGGAAGGAAAUCCAAACUCUUAUUGCUCGUAAAACUCCAAAGUCAGAGAGAAAGGACAAAGAAGUAGAAAAACCCAAGCCUGAUGAAUACGAUAUGAUUGUUCGAGAACUUGGAUUCGAGAUGAAAGCAAAACCUUCAGAAAGGAUGAAGACAGAAGAAGAAUUGGCAAAGGAGGAGCAGGCACGACUCCAGAAGCUGGAGGCAGAUCGACUACGUCGAAUGCGUGGAAUAGACGAACAGGAGAAUAAAAAGAAACCCAGCCACGUGUCAGCUGAUGAUCUGGCUGAUGGCUUUAUUCUGGAUAAAGAUGACAGACAUUUAUUGUCUUACAAGGAUGGAAAAAUUAAUAUUGAAAAUGAGGAGGAGGAGGAGGAAAAACAAGAGGAGGAAGAAGAGGAAGAUGAGAAGGAAGACAAUGAGAAUGAAGAAGAAAGUGAGGAAGAAUCUAACGAAGAUGAGGAGGAUGUUGCUGCGGAUAGCCACUCUGAUCUUGAAUCUGACCUUGAGAGUGAAGAAGAAGCUGCAGGGAAUACAGAACAGAAGAAACACAAGACAAAUGAAAACGAAUCACAGAAUGUGGAGGAACUAGAUCCAAAAAUGAAAGCUGCUGAAUCAGAGCUUCCCUAUACAUUUGCCGUUCCUGAGUCCUAUGAGACAUUUAAGUCCUUAUUGGCUGGAAGAACAGUAGAACAACAGCUUACAAUACUGGAGAGAAUUCAGAAAUGCAAUCAUCCAAGCCUUGCAGUGGGAAACAAAGCAAAGUUGGAAAAAUUGUUUGGCUUCCUUUUGGAGUAUGUUGGGGAGUUAGCAACUCUGGAUUUGCCAGAGCUCAGAACCAUUGACAAACUGGUCCUGCCAUUGUACAAUCUUUGCCAGAUGUUUCCUGAGGCAGCCAGUGACAGUAUUAAGUUUAUCCUUCGAGAUGCUGCACAUGAUAUGGAAGAAGUAAUUGAAGUCAAAGGCCGUGCAACAUUUCCAGGCUUGGACACGCUUAUUUAUUUGAAAAUUACAUCUCUGCUGUUUCCAACUUCUGACUUCUGGCAUUCAGUUGUAACACCUGCUUUUGUGUACAUGAGUCAGCUACUUACUAAGUGUCGCAUCACAACAUUGCAAGAUGUUAUUAAAGGGCUAUUUAUAUGCUGUUUGUUCCUGGAAUAUGUUUCUCUCUCCAGAAGAUUUGUACCAGAACUCAUCAAUUUUCUUCUUGGAGUACUUCACAUAUCUCUGCCCAGAAAACAGGCCCAGGGCUAUGCUGUUGUGCAUCCUUUUACACCAGUGGGGAAAAAUUCAGAACUGCUUUUGGUGUGUGAUAAGAAGGAUCUGGAAAGUUGGCAGAAGCAAAAGCUGCCAUUGAGUGUUGUGAAUAGAUUAAAGGAAACCAGCAGAACAGAAAUGAAUCAUAUCAGGUUGUCAUGUCUAGCCCUGUGUUUUGACCUUAUUAAAAAAUGUGCAGCUCUGUACGAAUCUUUACCAUCAUUCCAUGAAAUAAUGAAUCCUGUGAGAAUUCUCCUUACACAGCAUGUGCCAGCGAAUGAAUAUCCUGAAAAAAUGCAGGAAUGGUACCACAGUGCUCUGAAAGAGCUGGAGAGCAAAGUAAAACGCUACACCCCACUGAUAUGUGAGAAGAGGAAGCCAGUGCCAUUGAAGCAGUAUACACCUAAAAUUAUGAAAGUUUUGGAGUUUGGAAGAAAGCAGGCAGGCAGCAAACAGGAGCAAGAAAGAAAGCAGUUAAUUCACAGGCAUAAACGUGAACUGAAAGGAGCCAUUCGGGAGAUUCGGAAAGAUAACCAGUUUCUGGCUAGAAUGCAGCUCUCGGAAAUCACGGAGAGAGAUGCAGCCAGAAAAAGAAAAGUGAAAGAACUUCUCGGUAGCCUUGCUACACAGGAAGGUGAAUGGAAAGCAUUGAAAAGGAAAAAAGGGAAGAAUUAAUUGGGACUACAGCAGGAAACUCGUUUUACUGCCCAUAUAAAAUAGCCCAGUCCUGGGGCUUUUGAACAGAUUUUAAUUGCAUUCUUUGAAUGCAUUCCUUUUGAGGAGACAACAUCAUUGGAUCUGUCUGAAAAAGUGAACCUGCGUGUUGGAAAAAUCCACAGGUUUUCAUAAAGAAAAUAAAGUAACACUUUUGUAUGUGGUAUACUUCUGUUUAUUUUAAUAAUAGAGAAUAUUUGGAUGAAUAAUCAGAAUUCUGAGGUGUGUGAGACCAGGUCUUAGUCUAACUUGAAUUACACACACACACAAAAUUGUACAGCAGAAACCUUUUGUUAAUCUUUUUUAAUCCUGAACAACAGCAGGCAGCUCUCACAGUGGUAUAUUUGCAAAUUAAGCAGUUAUGUUUUAAUUAGUCCUAUAGCAUUGGGACAUUCUAAUUCAUGUAUUCAGUGGAGUAAUGGAACUGGCUUUGAAGUAGAAGUCCUUUGUUAAAGCUGUAGGUCCAUUCAGCUCUUCAGUAAGUCUUGAAUUGAGCACAGCUCUGAAAUUCUUAAUAUAUAACUAAGAAUUAAUAAUCUAUUGUUAUUAAUAAUAGGGUGGUUAACUAGGAUUCCUCAGUGUAUUCAUAACUGUCUGAAGUGGACAGUGAAAUCCUCUCAGUAAAUCUGAUUUAACACAUAGGCCUGUUGUUUCAGACUGGCUUAGAAUGUUUUCUUUGUUCUGUUUGUUUUCAAAUGAGACUUGGAAUGGAAGCAGGACUACAACUAGGAGGGCAUGAGUUGAAACACUUAAGGCUUUACAUUGAAACUAAUGACAAAACUAUCUUUGAAAGUUAAAUCUUGUUAAAGGUUUGUCUAUGUACUUAAAAGAGAAAAGCACUUUAUUUGAAGGGCUUUCAUUGAAUCUUAGUGCACUGGUAGCAGUGAAAGUAAUGUGUGAUUAUCAUCAGCUUUUUUUGCUUGCAAAACCAGUUGUAUUGAGUGUUAAAAUAGGCUGGAUACUACUUACAUGUGGGGGAGAUACUCACAUCACAUAAAAGUCAGUAAGAUUUAGGUAAAACCAUUCACGCUUCUGAAAAGAAAUCUAUUUUAACGUUUCUAAAAUCAGUAAAGCCAUCUUCUGAAACUUAAAAGGGAUCUCAGCAGGUUAGUUAUACCUCCUGGUUUGUUUCCAUUUGACACAGUAUGGACUUAAAAAAAAAAAAAAAAAAAAACACCAAAACUUUUUAUACAUUCAAGCCAAGAACUUAAGACUUGAAUAAUGAGGAAGGAGCGACUUCCUAUUUCAUGCUAUAAAUCAGCACUUUCAGUUCAGGGUUUUAGUCCCACUGUAUUUCUCCUUUGCACAAAUAAACUGUCAAAAAAGUAUUAUUAUUUAUCUGACUUUAUUUUUCCAAUAGCAAGUAGCUUCAGAGGAUUUACCCAGCUGGGAUUAGAAUCACAGAGAGGCUGACAGCUACGCUUUGGUCCUGGGGCAGUGAUUUUUGAUACCACUUGCAGCUUCUUGUUAUUCCUCAGUAAGGGACUUACUUAGAAAGAAAUAAGGGAGAGAUGCAAGUAAAAUGGGAUGAUAGUGUUUAAGGGACAA